CCGCCCGAAUUUGAGCCUCAUCGAGGUUCCAGCAUCACGACCAGCACGCGCAAACCACAGCUCCGCAGCGCGGUGCAGUUGCCCAAGCCCAGCACCAAGCCCAGCGCCAUCGCUGCUUCGCUACGCCCUGCUGCCACGGCCACCCAGCGUCGCCCCAGGGGCUUGACGUCACUACUGAAAUUCGUCUGCCAGCAUCUCAACCAGCUCUGCCACCACCUCGCCCACGUUCCACAGUAUCGACUCUGUCCGAUUCAGACGGCCCUACCCCGCAUUGGCCGCCCGUCCUGUUCGCACUGCUGAG